AUGGCCGAGCCCAUGCUGGCCGCCUACAACCCCGUGGCCGUCGAGGCCGCGUGGCAGGACUGGUGGGAGGCCUCGGGCUUCUUCUCGUGCAGCGACGACAAGAUCCGCGCGGCCAAGCCCGACGAGCGCUUCGUCAUGGUCAUCCCGCCGCCCAACGUGACGGGCUCGCUGCACCUGGGCCACGCGCUGACCGUGGCCAUCCAGGACGCGCUCACGCGCUGGCACCGCAUGCUGGGCCACGCCACGCUCUGGGUGCCGGGCACGGACCACGCGGGCAUCGCCACGCAGUCGGUCGUGGAGAAGCGCCUGCUCAAGGAGGAGAACAAGAGCCGCCACGACCUCGGCCGCGAGAAGUUCCUCGAGCGCGUGUGGGACUGGAAGAACCAGUACGAGAGCCGCAUCCACCACCAGUUCCGCAGCGUCGGCUGCUCCGUGGACUGGGACCGCAAGUACUUCUCCAUGGACGACAACUGCAGCCGCGCCGUGCGCCACGCCUUCUGCCAGCUCUGGGAGGAGGGGCUCAUCUACCGCGCCACGCGCAUGAUCAACUGGAGCUGCAAGCUCAAGACGGCGCUGUCCGAGAUCGAGGUGGACUACAUCGACAUCGAGAAGCGCACCAAGCUGGCCGUGCCCGGCCACAACCCGGACAAGAAGUACGAGUUCGGCGUGCUCACGUCCUUCGGCUACGUGGUCGAGGGCUCGGACGAGCAGAUCAUCGUGGCCACCACGCGUCUCGAGACCAUGCUGGGCGACUCGGGCGUGGCCGUCCACCCGGAGGACCCGCGCUACAAGCACCUGCACGGUAAGUUCGUGAUCCACCCGUUCAACGGCCGCCGCAUCCCCAUCGUGCUGGACCCCGUGCUGGUCGACAUGAGCUUCGGUACGGGCGCCGUCAAGAUCACGCCCGCGCACGACCCCAACGACUACGAGUGCGGCAAGCGCAACAACCUCGAGUUCAUCAACGUGCUCACGGACGACGGCGCCAUCAACGAGAACGGCGGCGAGUUCGCUGGCAUGAUGCGCUACGACGCGCGUAUCGCCGUCGAGAAGGCGCUCGAGGCCAAGGGACUGUACCACGGCAAGGAGGACAACAAGAUGCGUCUCGGCAUCUGCUCGCGCUCGGGUGACGUGAUCGAGCCGCUCGUCAAGCCGCAGUGGUUCGUCAACUGCGACCAGAUGGCCAAGGACGCCAUGGCCGCCGUCACGAACAAGGAGCUGACGAUCCUGCCCGAGAGCCACGAGAAGACGUGGUUCCGCUGGCUCGAGAACAUCCGCGACUGGUGCAUCUCGCGUCAGCUCUGGUGGGGCCACCGCAUCCCCGCCUACUUCGCGCGCGUCAUGGGCGAGGCCUUCAUUGACAAGAACGCGGAGGACGCUGGCGACCGCUGGUUCGCCGGCAUCUCGGAGGAGGACGCCCGCAAGAAGGCCGCCGGCAAGCUGGGCGUCGCCGAGGACCAGAUUGAGCUGGAGCAGGACGAGGACGUGCUGGACACGUGGGUCAGUGCCGGCCUGUUCCCGUUCGCUGUGUUCGGCUGGCCCAACAAGACGGACGACUUCGAGAACUUCUUCCCGACGGACCUGCUGGAGACGGGUUACGACAUUCUCUUCUUCUGGGUGGCGCGCAUGGUGUUCAUGGGCCAGAAGCUCACGGGCAAGCUGCCGUUCAAGACGAUCUACCUGCACUCGAUGGUGCGCGACAAGUACGGCCGCAAGAUGUCGAAGAGUCUGGGUAACGUCGUGGACCCGCUCGAGAUCAUUGCGGGCUGCACGCUCGAGGACCUGUUCAAGAAGCUCGAGAACGGCAACCUGCCGGCCAAGGAGGUGGAGAAGGCCAAGAAUGGCCAAAAGCUGGACUUCCCGCAGGGCAUCCCGGAGUGCGGUGCCGACGCGCUUCGCUUCGGUCUGCUGGCCUACACGCAGCAGGGCCGCGACAUCAACCUGGACAUCGGCCGUCUCGUGGGCUACCGCAACUUCUGCAACAAGCUGUGGAACGCUGUGCGUUUCGCCAUGUCCAACCUCGAGGGCGGCUUCUCGGCUGCCGAGAACGUGGCCGAGACCGUGCUCGCCAACGCCGUGGUGAGCUCGCGCGACCGCUACAUCCUGAGCCGCCUGAACCACGCCAUCAAGGUGUGCAAUGACUCGUUCGCCGCCUACGAGUUCGGCGAGCUGACCAACGCGCUGUACAACUUCUGGCUGUACGACCUGUGCGACGUGUACCUUGAGCUGACGAAGCCCGUGAUGAGCGGUGAGGACGCCGAGGCCAAGCUCACGGCCCAGCAGACGCUGUACGUGUGCCUGGAGUUCGGUCUGCGCCUGCUGCACCCGAGCAUGCCGUUCGUGACGGAGGAGUUGUGGCAGCGUCUGCCGGGCAAGCGCUCGACCGCGAGUAUCACGAUCGCGCCGUACCCACUCCCCAUGGAGGGCUGGACCAACCCGGACAUCGAGGCCAACAUGGAGCUGGUGAAGGAAGUCAUCCACGCCGCCCGCUCGGUGCGUGCCGAGUACGGCCUCGCGAACAACGUGCGCCCGCAGUUCUUCAUCAAGUGUAGUGACGCCGACGUCAAGGCCGUGAUGGAGGCGCAGCUGGACGACUUCAGCACGCUGGCCAAGGCUGGCGACUCCAAGUGCAUCGUGGACGAGGAGGCGCCGCAGGGCUGCGCGAUGCACAGCGUCAACGACAAGGUGCAGAUCUUCGUGCUGCUCGCCGGUCUGGUGGACUUCGCCAACGAGAUCGCCAAGCUGGAGAAGAAGCUGACCAAGAUCGCGCCGUCGCUCGCCAGUCUGGAGAAGAAGAUGGGCCGCGAGGACUACGAGACCAAGGUCCCGGAGAACGUGCGCGAGGCUGACGCCGCCAAGAAGAUCGCGCUGGAGACGGAGGUCGCCGGCAUCCACCGCGCCAUCGCCGAGUUCAAGCGCCUGCUCUAA